UUUGGUCAAACAGAUUUAAGAAGUCUUACACUCUAAGCUUCCGACGAAGACGAUGAUACAGUUACAACAAGCAUCGAUGGAGAAAAAACAGAGCGUCGAAUCUAGCGGCGGAGGCGGAGGAGAUAGAGUUUCGGAGUGGUCGCCGUUCGAUUACUUGCCGGAGGAAUGCAUCUCCAACAUCAUCUCUUUCACAAGUCCACGCGAUGCAUGCGUCGCUGCUUCGAUUUCGAAAACCUUUGAAUCGGCGGUGAAAUCAGAUAUCGUAUGGGAGAAGUUUAUUCCACCGGAUUAUGAAUCUCUGGUUCCUCGAUCGCGGGAAUUCUCAUCGAAGAAGGAGCUCUAUUUCGCUCUCUGUAACGAUCCUCUUCUAAUCGACGAUGGCAAAAAGAGCAUCUGGUUAGAGAAAGCGAGUGGGAAGAGGUGUAUCAUGUUAUCAGCUAUGAAUCUCUCAAUGGUAUGGGGAGAGGAUCGUCACUAUUGGCAAUGGAUUCCAAUUCCUGAAUCUAGGUUUGAAAAAGUACCGGUGCUUAUCGGUGAUGUUAGGUUAGAGAUUCGUGGCAGAACGAAUACUCGUGUCCUAUCUCCAAGAACUCGUUACUCGGUCUACAUUGUGUUCAUGGAAUCGGAUCAAUGUUAUGGCUUUGCGGAUGUGGCAGUAGAAGCUGAAGUUGGAAUGGUGGGACAUGAACCUUCUAGAAGAUUCAUAUGUUUUGAUAAAGCUAUGAAUGGGCAGUUUAUAACGAGAGACGGUGGAAGGAGGGACGUUGUGAAACCAAAGGAGAGAGAAGAUAGGUGGAUGGAGAUAGAGCUUGGGGAAUUCUUCAAUGAAGGAGGAUUGAUGAAUAGUGAUGAAAUUGAGAUGAGUGCCUUAGAGAAUAAGCGUAUCACUUGGAGGGGUGGCUUGAUCAUUCAAGGAAUUGAAAUCCGACCUGCGAAAAGAUUUAAGAAGAGAAAGAGUCUCCUGAAGUCAGAAUUCUCAUCAGAAUCGACGGAGACGAUGAUACGGCUACGUACACUGAUUGAGAAAAAUCGAAGCGAAAGCAAGAGAAAGAUCGAUUCUUCUUCUUUCGAUUCGUUGCCUGAGGGAUGCAUUUCAAACAUAAUCUCUUUCACAAGUCCUGAAGACGCUUGCGUCGCUGCUACGGUUUCGAAGAUCUUUGAAUCGGCGGUGAAAUCAGAUAUCGUAUGGGAGAAGUUUCUUCCGGCAGAUUAUGAAUCUCUGAUUCCUCCGUCGCGAGUUUUCUCUUCGAAGAAGGAACUCUAUUUCUCUCUCUGCGACGAUCCUCUCCUAAUCGACGAUGGCAAAUUGAGCAUUUGUUUAGAGAAAGCGAGUGGGAAGAGGUGUGUAAUGUAUUCUGCGACUGCGAUGAUGAAUUUCUCAAGCAUGGGAGAUAUUUUUCAGCGUUUCGAAUGGAUUCCAAUUCCUGAAGCAAGGUUUGAAACAGUAGCGCAGCUUCGCGAAGCUUGUAAGUUUAAGUUCAAUUGCAGAAUGAAUACUCGUGUCCUUUCUCCAAGAACUCGUUACUCGGUCUACAUUGUGUUCAAGAAAGCGGAUACUUGUUGUGGUUUUAAGGCUGUGUCUUUAGAGGCUGUAGUUGGGGUGGUGGGACAGGAUUCUUUUAGAAGAUUCAUAUGCUUUGAUACGCAUGCGAAAGGGCAGUUUCGAAAGGGGAAAGUGGUGGUGAAACCAGAGGCGAGAGAAGAUGGGUGGAUGGAGGUAGAGCUUGGGGAAUUCUUCAAUGAAGGAGGAUGGAAUAGUGAUGAAAUUGAGAUGACUAUUUUAGAGCGUAAAUGCCCCCAGCAGAAGCGUGGUUUGGUCAUUCUAGGAAUUGAAAUCCGUCCUACGAAAAUCCUCGAGGAGUUUUCGGGUCGUCGCUUGUGAGGCCAAAAGAAAGUGUUAGUUCUAGAGAUUGAAAAUAUAUGAUAAUUUUUAGC